AUGGAAGUCUCAAUCCCUCUCGAGCUGAGGGAGGCGACGCAGGACCUCCACAUGCUCCGGGCCCUUCUACCCCAGACAGAGAGCCAGGAGGUCGAACUGUUGGCGGACCCGACAUCGGACAUGGAUCGCCAGCCAAAGUGGCCAAGGUCCCACCCAAAGGGCUACGGCAGACAGGGAGGCAAAGGCAACCGACAAGGAGCACAGCCGCCCUCCACAGGUUCAUGGUCCCACGAGUCGACGCUCCAGGCGGCACGGGACUCGGGCAAGCCACCAAGGCGACAGCGGGAGACUUCGGACAAGGACCUUGCCAAACAACUGGCGGAGAUGAAGUCCUCCUUGGGGAUGCUCACCACGCUGGUGAUCAGGCAAGAGAUUCAACAGAACGUGAGCAAACAAGACACAUCGUUCGUGCUCUUCCUCGACACGAGAGGACCCCACAACAUAGCCACCAGCCUGUACAAGAUGGGGGAAACCUGGGUCAACACGAAGAGAGAUCACCCGGAACGACUCCAUGCCCCCCUCCGGGUCAUAUUGUUCCAACACCUCAUCGAGGUCGUGCUGAACAAAUUCAAGGCGAUGAUCGACUCACCGUCAUCCCGCUCAACGGCUCAAAACCUUGGACUGCUCAUGGGAGAUGGGAUCAACGUACCGGCCCUGAAAUGGGACCCGGAGACCAGACAACAUGUGCAGGACCCUGCACUGGAGCCCCAGACGAUCACCGCGAUCAAGGAGGCCCUGGAGGAGCUGAUGGUACUAUGCACCAAGACCCUGGUCAUAGCCAGGUUCCAUGGCAUGCGAAAACUCAGCGAGGAGUAUGCCGCCCCGACGCUGGGUAUGUUCUUGGAGAUCGGGAUGCGCACCCCGGAGGCCCAGUCUGCUUGGAACCACCUCCACCGCUUGCAGCAAUCAGCGUCGUGGAAGGCGGCGGGAGUCUUCCUCAGUGUUCCUGCCUUUACUGAGAGCUUGCAGUGCCUCAACUACUCAUACCGCCUCAGUGCCUGCAUCAUUCAUCUGGGUGAAGCCCCAGAUCACGGCCACUAUCAUAAUGUUUUCUGUAGUGCUAGGGAUCUCAAUUACUACAUUGGUGAUGAUGGUGUUUCUGCCCGUCCUAUUAGCGAUGCUGAGCUGUGUUCGUUGAGUCAAGACAUUUAUCUGCUGUUCUAUAUUGCUCACAAGGCCGACUAG